CCACCACCACCACCACUGUUGCGACUACCACUACUACUCCUUAGCUACAACAAUAACAUUACACCUAAUGAUAGUAGUAGUAGUAGUAGUAACUACCGCAGCAGUGUAGACUCGGCUGGGAUAACUUUUUACCUGAGUCUUAGACACACGUCUGUGCACUGUAUAUAUACAUAUAUACACAUAUAUAUAUACACACAUAUAUAUAUGUUUGUAUAUGAUUUAGUAGUUGUAAUAAAUAAUGCUUUGAAAGAAGAAAACGAAGGACAGCGAAACAAAAUUAGGAAAUAACUAUACUGGUGCCUUACAUAUAUUCAUACAUACAUAUACAUACAUACAUAUAUAUAUAUAUAAUAUAUAUAUGUGUGUGUAUAUAUGUAUGUGCGUAUAUAUGCCUUGGAAAGAGACGAGGAUACAUACAUGGUAGACAGGAAUUCAUCUUGUGGAUUACAUAAUAAUUACUGGAAUAACAGACUCCCAAGAACUGGAAACCGAAACCCCCGUUCUGAUACACCUUACUUUCCAAGGGACCAAGCUUAAUUAAUUGUUUCUUGUGUCACCCCUGUUCCCUUUAAGUUGUUUAUUUGUUGUGUGCCCGCUUCCCCGGAAGAAAGAAUGUAUUUCUUUGAAGAAGUAAUGACUAAAUUUAUGAACGAUUUACUGGUCUCCAUCUGAAGAAAUAUUAGACAGGUUAUAAACAAAAUACCAAAAAAAGAAGAAAAAAAACAAGAAAAAAAAAAGACAAUCUUUACAAAAUGCGGAAUUUCCGUUUUAUUCCAAGAUGUGGCAUUACAUCAUCACAUCUCACUCCACAAACUCAUUAACACAUCGCUUCACCCUAAACCACAUCGUUUCUUCCCCAAAAGAACUCGUUACAAAGCACUGACUCAACACCUACAAUUAUAAUCACCUAAAAAUUUUCCCUAAACCCAAAUACACCCAGAAAAUUAAAGAAACACACACGCAUAUAGCUGCAACCAUUUUAAAGAAUUUAAGUUUCUUCUAGAAUUUCUGUAUAAUUCUGAUAAAUGAAUGGGGCUUUCUUUUCAGUAGAAAUUAUUCUAUGUUGAGUUUAUUGUGACUAAUAUAUUAAGGGGGCACUUAGAAAGACCUAGACUAGAGAUAAUUGAUUUGUUUAAUUUAACCCUUAUUUAUUAUAUGUCAGGACAGUUUUUGUGUCCCGGCAAGAAAUAUUUGGCGAGUUUAUUAAUGCAGAUUUAGCCAAGACUAACCUUAGUGAUUAGUCGAUGGUUUAAUGUAGACUUAGGCGAAAUAACCCGUGAACAAUGUGGUUGUUUUAUUAUUACCUUGCCCACGUCUGACAAAACGCGGUUAGUUUAGUUUAUUGAAGAGGUGCAAUCACGGAAUAUGUGAAUAUUUCAUUAAGGGACAGGUUAGGUUGAAAGGCCCGCAUUUUUUGUGCAUUACCUCUGGAAAAAACGUCUUCGACGGGGAGUAAUAUAAUUAAUUAAAAAAAGGGCGGGGAGCUGUCAGUUACAUCAUAUAUUAAAGGACCGAACUUCUCAAAUAUGGGAAUUGCUUAAAUUAACGAACUGGACCAGUAAUAUGUGAAUUUUUUUCGAAGGAUUCCACCCUGACUCAUACUUAAACCCUCUAUUUUAACCCUAAUUUCUCCAAAUAAAGACAAAUAGGGAUAUGAGUGAAUCGAAGAGGAAGAAAGCAGCGGCUGUGCAAAAUGUUGACUACGUUAUCCAGGUUCGAACCGGACCGACAGCAGUACAUCCACCACCGACAUCCAACGGGGGUGACGGAUUUAGUAACACCACUAGUACCACAAACAACUGCAACAACACCACCAGUGCCACUUUUUCUAACAAUACGACGAACAACAACAACAACAGUAACAACGCACAUUAUCACCAUGCAUAUAAUUGUUAUCACCAUCAUCAUCAUCAUCACCAGAGGGGACGGAGAAGUAUGGCUGCUUUGAACCAAAAUAAUGGCAGGACCCCUUUUACAAGAAUGAGUGGCCUUGACCGUGUUAGAAGAAUUGUUCAAGAGGAAGGACGGACAGCCAGGAAUCUUGUGCAGUACAAUUUACCACUCCAAGAGAGGCCUAUCAGUGAAAGAAGCAGCAGAGCAGUGACACGACAAUGGAGAAUGAGUUCCAAGCUGCGGUCUGUGUCGGUUUCAGCCAAAGACAAGAUGAUGUGUGGCAGUGGUAUUUCCACCCUCAAGUGCUUCCAGGAUUUAACUAAGUCACCAAAAUCUGACAGUAGUAACAAGAGAGCUGAUGUGAGGGCCCGCUAUUGGGCAUUUCUAUUUGACAAUCUUCAGCGUGCUGUCGACGCUAUUUAUGAAACUUGUGAACAAGAUGAAAGUGUUGUAGAAUGCAAGGAAGUGAUCAUGAUGUUGGAGCAGAGCACCAAAGAUUUUAACUGUUUAAUAAAAAGACUGCAGUUAUUACGAGAUUUUGAUAAUGCUGCCAAAGACGGUGACCGUCCUAUUUCAAUUGCUUGGGAAGUAAGAAAAAUGUCACCUGGUAAAACCACAUCUCACAGUCCGAUACAAGAUUGUUGUUCUCCGACAUCUGCCCAGCGGGUUCUCAACUUUGGCACAUCAAAUGCCACAAUUCAACCUUUGGAGUCUCCUGUGAAAUCACCCCUGGGCAACAGCUGGGCAGACCGAGUAAAGGGUAUAACAUCUGGACACAGUCCAGCUGUGAAUAACAGUGUCACCUCAAGUGUUGCCCCCAACGAUGAGUUGAACCAAGAGAACGAUGAUGAAGCAGAUGGCUGGGAGACUGUGCAGCGUGGAGGCAAAUCUAAGUCUCGAAACCACAACAAUAAUAACAACAGUAAUGUUGUUAAUAAUAAUAAUAAUAGUAGUCGAUCUGAAAAGUCUUAUCAUAAUAAUAAUAAUAACAGUAAUAACAAUGUAGCUGGUUUUGCGAAAAACCGACGGUCAGAAAAAUACUCAAAUAAUCGAACAUUUGUUGAAUCCAACAACAACAACAACAACAACAACCAUAGUUGUAGUAACAGUCAUAAUAAUAAUAAUAAUAAUUCAAAUUUCUCCAAGUCCACUGUUUAUCUUCCUGGUCAGAAGGACCGUGUCUUCAGCUCUUCACCAACUUCCAUACAUUCUAACUACAUUUUGCCAUGUGUUUCUGAUCAGAAACUCCACACUAACUGCCCCAAAUCUCCCCAGCCCCACAACAAUAACAAUAACAAGAACAACAGCAACCACACAAGAGCUCACCAUGGAAACCAUAUGACCCCAUUGUCGUCAUCGUCGUCGUCAGUGAAACACUCUGUCAGGUCCCCUCCGACUCCCUCGGGUGCAGUGGAGUAUGGAGGCCGGGCUAGCAGGACUCAAAGGCGUGAACACACUCCUGACCGAUUCUAUGGGAAUCGAACCUGGGACUCUGGGAUCGGCCUUCAUGAGAGGACGCAUAGUAAAGAGAGCGAGAAGGAGAAUAUCCCUGUGCUUGGUUGCGAUCUGGAUGCCAACGACGGAGAUGAUGAGGCUGAAGAUGAACUGUUGUUGGACAUUUAUGAACUUGAGGAUUACAACUCGUUGAAAGACGAGGAAUCGGACCAUGUUGUAUUCAGUGAAACUGAAGAACUACAUUCAAUGUCUUCCCAGAAAUCUCCAGAAAUCUCAGAUGACGACAAAGUGAAUUUUGAUGAGGAUGAAAAGAAAGCAUUUGCUGAACUGACUUCUGCCUUAGAUGAAGCUGACAAAUUAAGCAGUCAGUUGGAAUUGGCAAACCAACAAGAACAGAAUUGGCUUGAAAAACUGGCUCAAGAAGAGAGUACUCCGAUUGCUGAUGUUGAAACAGAAAAUGAAAUUGAGAACACUGAUCUGAAUUUAGAAGCUUUAGUCAAUUCAUGUGAAGAUUCUGAAAGUUAUAAGAGUAAGUCGUGGGGAGAAAUUGUCGACGAGGCUGACGCCAGAACUCCAGGACACGGCGUCCAUAUGCAUGAGAAACUUUCUUCUCCAUCUCGGAAACGGUCUCCCACUGAAAGGAAGAAGCGUCAUGAACAGAAGCAAGCCAAAGCACAGGAACUCCGUACAAAACUGAACCGAGAGAAGGCUGCUAGAUUAAAAGAAAUCUCAAGGAAGGUUGAAGAGGUUCGAGCUUGGAAAGAUGAUUUACUUCGUCAGAAAAAGGCUACCAUGGAACGGAAACUACUUCAGGCUGAAGAGAAACGCCAGAUGCAACUCAAAAUGAAGGCACAGAAGGCUCACGAUGAAGAGGCCAAGGCAAAUGAAAUUGCCUUUAUCAACUCUUUGGAGGCUCAAAACAAGAGGCAUGACAUUCUCUCGAAGCACCAGGAGUCUGAAGCCAGAUUGCAGGACAUGCAAGAAGAGCGUCAAAGAAAACAUGAAGAGAAGUUAGCCAAGGAAGCUGCAGUAGAAGAACGACGGAAAGCUCUGGAAGCUGAUCGUAAGAAGCGUCUCCAUGAGAUGCAGGAAAAGAGGAAGCAACGUGAUGCCAGGGUUAUCCAACAACUGCAAGAGAAAGAAAAGGAACGACUGGAGGUUCUACGGGCCAAAGAGCGAGAACGUGAAGAACGAUUGGCUGCUUUAAAUGCCCAGCAGCAAGCUCAGAUCCAAGAAUUACAGAAGAAAAUUCAACAGAAACAAGACGAAAGUACACAGCGCCAUCAGGAAAUUCUUCAACAAAUACGAGAGAAAGCUUUUGAGAUGAGUGUAUUGCGGCACUCGACUGAAGACCACAACGAAGCGCCACAGCUCACCCCAUACGACCAGAAGAAAUUGUGCAAAGUCUGUAAUGUUUUGAUUCUCUCAGAAGUCCAUCUUCUGAGCCAUUUGCGAGGCAAGAAACAUAAAGAGACCAUGUUACAAACUAUGUCAAAAGAAUUGGUCUCCAAACAAGAUAUAGAAACCUUUAACCUGAAACAUAUCAUUGAUGCCCCUGAUGCCAGCACCCACCCUGUAAUAGCCUCAGAGAGGGAAAGACAGAAAGCCCUAAAGAAGCGCUGUAAGAAACUGCGUCAACGAAUGAUGCUAAGAGGAGUUGAAUAUGAGAAUUCUCUUUCUGGGAAAACUCAAAUUGCUGAAUCUGAACACAAAGCCAAGUUGCAAAAAUCCAUCAAAGAUGUAAAUAAGUACCUGCAGAACUGUGAUAAUGGUCCUUGGCCUCAGAACCGUGUAUCUGCUUUGGACAGGGCACUGAAUGAAGUCAGCAGAAUCUUUGAUAAGAAGCUUCCAAAUGAUGACCAAUUCAGUUUUCGUAUUCUGGGAGGACUGACAACACUGAGUCGCUUACUUAUUCUCAUGGAUGGACCUUCAAAUGCAACUUCAGUUAUUCCUCUCAAGUCUUUGGUUUUGUCAUGCUCUGUGUUCAGACAGGUGUGCAAGGGAUGUUAUGAUAACUGUCACUAUAUGUUGUUUAGUAAUAAGAUUGGUAUUCUCGUAGACCUCCUCAUACAUCAGUUAACAAAUCUGCUUCCAGACAACCAUUCUUCUGGAGACAAACCUAACUCUGGACCCAAUACCAAGUUGCCUUCUGAUUCUCUUUCCAUUAGCUUGAUGCAGUUGAUCUCUUCCAUACUGUCAUGUUUGGCCAAAAACAAUCCAUUGAGUAACUCAAGCGAAGCCUCUGUUGAACGAAUGAGCAGCAGUGGAGAUGCCUUCCUUAACCGAGGCAAUGACCUUAUCAGGUAAAUGGCUCUUUGUUUCCCUUGC